GGCAACUUUCCUGUCGGAAGAUAAAACGAUAUUUCAAAACUUGAGUUUUGACUUGAAAUUACAAUAUUGUCCCAAUUUCCCAAACUUUCUCUUACCUCUACUCUACCUUGUUCGUUCAAUCGACGCACUAGACACAACCGAAGUAACCGUCCUCGUCGAAUUUUGCGUCAGUUUUUUCAUCCCAAAAUGGUUUGUUUGGCUUGUUUGCUGCCACUCUUUCUGGUCCCAAUCGUUAAUGUGCUUCCUCUUCUCUUCGAUUUUAUCAUGGGAAAAUUUUAUAGGGUUUUUGGUUGGGAGUACAGGAAACCAGAGAGGGCUCCUCCUGCUUGUCCUUACAAGCCUUCAACCAACACUAUUAGUAGUAAAGAUGAGGCAAAUGCUGGAACAUCUCCAACAGAACCUGUUAAACCUGGAAGUGUUGAUGUCAAGCAGGAUUAAUCUGGGGUGACUCCUCUACAAUAAGGUUUGAUAGAAAGGAAACAAAAGUAUGAUAUGAUUACAUCUCACUGUUUAUGUUUGUAACUUUUAUAAUACAAGUUGGUAGUUUAUAAGAGUGAUAUUUUUUCCUUCCUAUUUUGGAAGAUACCUCUCAUCAAUAUGAAGUCAAUUAUAACAUUGCACCCUCAAUUUUUGCAUGUAAAAGUUAUAAAUAACAUUGGGCCUUGAUAUUCAGUCCUCCUAAAAAGGGAAGAUCACUUGGCAACUUUGUAAGGGAAGUUGUGUGAUAAACAGCACAACUAGACAAGAGAAUUUCCUUUUCUUUUUACUGUUUAAGAGACUCGUUCGUAUUGAACAUUUCAGUGACAUUGAAAAUAAAAGAAAAACAACAACCAUUAGCCUAA